GAAGUCCGCAGUGCGACAAAAAUGCGGCGAAUGGAAAUCGAGGUUUAUAUAUUAUUCACCAAGAGCCGAAUGUUAAGCGCACCAGCAUAAAUAAAAUUCACGUGUGAACGAUAGGACUGUUUAAUCGCAAUGGCUGACCAGCUGAAUGAAGAACAAAUUGCCGAGUUCAAGGAGGCGUUCAGUUUGUUUGACAAGGACGGAGAUGGAACCAUUACCACCAAGGAACUGGGAACCGUUAUGAGGUCCCUGGGACAGAACCCGACCGAGGCCGAGUUACAGGACAUGAUCAACGAAGUGGACGCUGACGGCAAUGGCACGAUCGACUUCCCUGAGUUCCUGACGAUGAUGGCGCGUAAGAUGAAGGAUACGGAUAGUGAGGAGGAGAUCAAGGAGGCCUUCCGGGUCUUUGAUAAAGACGGCAAUGGGUUUAUCAGUGCAGCGGAGUUACGUCACGUGAUGACGAACCUCGGGGAGAAACUGACGGACGAGGAGGUGGACGAGAUGAUCCGGGAAGCGGACAUAGACGGGGACGGUCAAGUGAAUUAUGAGGAAUUCUUAGCGCUGAUGGAUGACAAGAAAAAAAAAGAAUAUUAAGAAUUUGUCAAGAUGAUGGCGAACCACUGAGACUCGGUUUCAUUUUAUUGUACAUUUUUUAUUUGUCCGUUUUUCUAUGCAAUAAAAUAAAUGCUCAUAUUUCAUUGUAAAACG